ACAAGUUGUGCCAAGUAUCGUGUUUCGGAGGGUGUCACGCACUCUCACUUGAGUGAUCCCUUCUUGUGAAAAAACUCUGUCAACUGCUCACUUGGCUUUUAACCUGGGGCGUGCGUGUGGUGUGAGGGAAAUGUUUAGCUGCUGAGGAGGGCAGGAGAUCAGGACACUCAUAGAGAGGAGGACGUCAGGACAGAUGUGAAGGGACAGUGCGUUGUAUUGAGACUCCGCGGUGUUCCAGCCUCUCUGGGCGCUCCUUCCUGGGGUUUGAAUUUGCGUUGGGCUGUAAUUAAGAGCUCUUGGAGGCGUACUUAACUUGUGACGUGGUGCUUUUCUUUCCUUCUCGGUGAGAAAGUGGCUCCCUCUUCCCUGAAUCAGGACCUCUGCCAUUCAGAGCCACAAAGAGCCAUUCUGGACAUAAUACUUACACACACGCACACACAAACUUAAGGUGAGCACCAAAAACUUCCUCUGCAUUUUGUGUCCUCCGUUUCCAACUGCUGGGGAGUUUUGAGAGCAUCUUAACUUUGGAGGUCUGGAAAAGACUCUGACUGACUGGAGAGUCUGUGGAAGUUACCUGCUUGUUACCAUAUCUUGAAGAAGAUUCUUUUGGCUAUAAAAAAUGAAGAGUCUACUUUUUCUGGUGCUGAUUUCUGUCUGCUGGGCUGAACAUACUGGCAACUACACUCUGGAGCAUGACAGAAUUAUUCACAUCCAAGAAAAUGGACCCCGUCUACUUGUGGAAGCAGAACAAAUGAAAGUCUUCUCACACAGGGGUGGCAAUAUCACACUACCGUGUAAAUUUUACCAUGACCAUACAUCAGCCGGCUCAGGAACCCACAAGAUCCGUGUCAAGUGGACCAAACUCACCUCAGAUUACCUCAAGGAAGUGGAUGUCUUUGUCGCAAUGGGAGUCCACCAGAAGAGUUAUGGAAACUACCAGGGCAGGGUGUUUCUGAAAAAAGGCAGUGAAAAUGAUGCUUCUCUUGUAAUCACAGAUAUAACACUGGAGGAUUAUGGGAGAUAUAAAUGUGAGGUGAUUGAAGGAUUAGAGGAUGACACAGCAGUAGUAUCUCUGGAUUUACAAGGUGUUGUAUUCCCUUACUUUCCACGGCUGGGUCGGUAUAACCUAAACUUCCACGAGGCUCAGCAAGCUUGUUUGGACCAAGAUUCUGUUAUCGCCUCCUUUGACCAAUUGUAUGAUGCGUGGAGGUCAGGGCUGGAUUGGUGUAAUGCAGGCUGGCUCAAUGAUGGAUCAGUUCAGUACCCUAUCACCAAACCCAGAGGGCCCUGCGGAGGAAAGAACACAGUGCCUGGAGUCAGGAAUUAUGGGUUCUGGGAUAAAGAUAAAAGCAGAUAUGAUGUUUUCUGUUUUACAUCAAACUUCAAUGGCCGUUUUUACUACCUAAUACACCCAACCAAGUUGACCUAUGAUGAAGCUGUGCAGGCCUGCCUCAAGGAUGGAUCCCAGAUUGCUAAAGUAGGCCAGAUAUUUGCUGCCUGGAAACUUCUAGGAUAUGAUCGCUGUGAUGCCGGCUGGCUGGCUGAUGGCAGUGUCCGCUACCCAAUCUCCAGGCCAAGAAGACGCUGCAGUCCUGAUGAAGCAGCAGUGCGCUUUGUAGGCUUCCCAGAUAAAAAACACAAGCUAUAUGGUGUUUACUGUUUCAGGGCGUACAACUGAAAGUACCUAGAGCACAAUUUUAAAUUCAUUAAGAACAUGUGAAAGAUUUUUUUUCAAUACGAACUCAUGCAAGUUACCAAAACUGUGAUAAACUUUUUUACUUACUGUAAAGAGUCAUUUUCAUAAGUCCAACCCUUUAAUUUGGUUUUGUUUUGUUAAUUCAAUAGAUAUUUUAAAUUAAUAUAAAUUGAAUGAAAGCUCUAGGUAAGGAAGCUUUAGAGCCAAACUCUUUAAGCCACACCAUCCCAGCGAAAUAUAUUUUUCAUGAAUGGGGCAUGCAAUAGCUUGACAAUUGCUAGGACUAAAUUAAGGAAUGUAAGGCUACUCAAAGCAGAAGCUUUUACAAGCACAAAUUUUACACAUUUGUACCAGUUUGAGAUGCACUACAAAAAUAAAAUUAGAUCUGCAGUUUUGAAAUACGUAAUUUUUUCUUAACAGGGGUUCAGUGAGGUUUUGCAAAAUAAAAAAAACAAAAAAUAUUUUCACAGGGGGACAAUAUAUACAGUUUGAUGAAAACAGCAAUUCAAACAGUCCACAAAAUAGGACUUGUUUUACCAUUUAAAAUCUUGCCUUUCAGAAAAAUAAG